GCCCGCCCGCCCGCAGCAGCCAGCCGCCAACAUGGAGGCCGUGAACGCCUUCAACCAGGAGCUCUUUUCAUUGAUGGAGAUGAAACCUCCUAUUUCCCGAGCAAAAAUGAUUCUCAUCACAAAAGCUGCCAUUAAAGCUAUUAAGCUCUACAAACACGUUGUCCAGAUUGUAGAGAAGUUUAUCAAAAAGUGCAAACCAGAAUAUAAAGUCCCUGGAUUGUAUGUUAUUGACUCUAUUGUUCGUCAGUCUCGUCACCAGUUUGGAACGGACAAGGAUGUCUUUGGGCCAAGAUUCUCUAAAAAUAUUACUGCCACAUUCCAGUAUUUGUAUCUCUGUCCAUCUGAAGACAAGAGUAAAAUAGUCCGUGUCCUGAACCUUUGGCAGAAAAAUGGUGUUUUUAAAAUUGAGAUCAUUCAACCCCUUCUGGAUAUGGCAGCAGGAACUAGUACUGCUGCUCCAAUGACAGAAAAUGCUGCUAAUAAUGAAGGUUCACCGCCCCCUCCAGCAAAGGUUACUUCGGAGCCCCCUCAAGUCACUGCUAAUUCAGUACCGACAAUGCCACAGUUGCCCAGUUCUGAUGCCUUUGCAGCUGUAGCUCAGUUGUUUCAAACAACGCAAGGACAGCAGCUUCAGCAAAUUCUUCAGACUUUUCAGCAGCCUCAAAAACCCCAGUCACCGGUCAUAGAUAACACUGUGAUGGCUCAGGUUCAAGCUAUUACUGCUCAGUUGAAAACUACAGCAUCUCAACCACCAGAACAAAAAGCUGCUUUCGCACCACCUGAGCAAAAAACAUCCUUUGACAAAAAGCUGCUAGAUCGGUUUGACUACGAUGAUGAGCCAGAAGCAGUGGAAGAUUCAAAGAAAGAAGAUUCAGCUCCUUCUCCUUCAGUUUCUCAGCCAGCUUUGACCUCUCUCUCAUUCAGUGCACAGGCUGGAUGGUGCUCAAUACCUGGUGGAUUUCCAGGAGAAGGUAUACAACAGCCAGUAUUUCCUCAACUCCCAAAUAUGGAUCCUUUUCAGCAGCGAAUGAUGGGAAUGCAACAGGAUCCAAUGCGCCACCAGGUCCCACUUCCUCCUAAUGGGCAAAUGCCAGGUUUUGGUCUUCUGCCUACCCCACAGUUUCCACCAAUGGCUCAGCCUGUGAUUCCGCCAGCAGCACCUGUGCAGCAAACUUUUCAGUCUCCUUUCCCAGUACAGAGUGAAUCACACAUGCAAAAACCACAUCAGCAGGACAUGGAAGUGGAACAGCCACCUAUUCAAGAAGGAAAACGACAUGUUUCUGACAGCAGAAAGUCAAGAUCUAGAUCUGCAUCAAGGUCACCUAAAAGGAGGCGUUCAAGAUCGGGCUCACGCUCUCGAAGGUCACGUCAUCGUCGAUCUCGAUCACGGUCCAGAGAUAGACGCCGACACUCUCCUAAGUCUCGGUCACAAGAGAGACGUGAACGUGAGAGGGAGAGAGAACGUAGAUCAAAAGGCCUUCCACAGAUCAAAUCAGAAACUGUUAGUGUUUGUAGCACUACGCUUUGGGUAGGACAACUUGACAAAAGGACUACGCAACAGGAUGUUGGAAGUCUUUUGGAGGAGUUUGGCCCAAUUGAGUCAAUAAAUAUGAUACCGCCUAGAGGAUGUGCCUAUAUUGUAAUGGUCCACAGACAAGAUGCUUAUCGUGCCCUACAAAAGUUGAGCCGAGGCAACUUCAAAGUCAAUCAGAAAUCUAUAAAGAUUGCAUGGGCUUUGAAUAAGGGAAUAAAGCCAGAUUACAAGCAGUAUUGGGAUGUAGAAUUAGGUGUUACUUACAUACCAUGGGACAAAGUGAAACCUGAAGAUCUUGAAAGUUUCUGUGAAGGAGGAAUGUUGGACAAUGAAACUCUUAGUCCAGAGUGGAAGGGGAUUCCCAAGAAGUCUGAAAAUGAAGUAGCUCAAAAUGGAGGUGCAGAAGCUACACAUAAUGAACCGGUGUCACCUAUACCUAAAGCUUUACCUGUUCCAAUUCCCGUUCCCAUGCCUGCACCAAUUACAGUACCUCCUCCACAGGUUCCACCACAUCCAUCAGGUCCUCCUGUGGUUGGUGCGCUCCAACCUCCUGCUUUCACAGCGCCUUUAGGAAUCCCGCCUCCUGGAUUUGCUCCUGGCGUGCCACCGCCACCACCACCUCCAUUUUUACGACCUGGUUUUAACCCAAUGCAUUUACCUCCAGGCUUCCUUCCUCCUGGACCACCACCACCUAUAACUCCCCCAGUAUCUGUUCCUCACACUCCAGCAGUAAACAUCCCAAACUGUAAGUGUUUAAACCUUGAACAAGCAGCAGUAGAAGGAAGGUAUCAUGCAAGCAGAGAAGCUGAUGUAUUUUUUAAUAUGCCAAUGCCUUGUUCCUUAGCUACAGCAGCUGGAGUCAAUGAAGACACUACAAAAGAUGCAUCUGUAGGAAAUCCCAUCCCAACAGUGGUUUCUGGAUCCAGAGGAAAUGCUGAAACUAGUGAUAGUUCCAAAAUAUAUGGGACUGUUCCGCCUCCCGUAGCACCUACUAAUGUACCUGCUCCUGUCACCCAAGCUAUUCCGCUUCUUGGCACCCAAGGCGUCGCGCCACCCCCGCCCGCCCCUGUUGUUGGGUUGCAGACUCCAUCCACCGGCCUCCUGGGCGCGCGGCCCGGUUUGAUACCACUCCAGCGACCGCCAGGGAUGCCCCCGCCGCCCCUGCAGCGCUUCCCCCUGAUGCCGCCGCGCCACAUGCCUCCCCACAUGAUGCACAGAGGGCCCCCUCCGGGGCCGGGGGGCUUCGGGAUGCCUCCUCCUCACGGGAUGAAAACCCCCUUCCCGCCGCCGGGCCACUUUGUGAGGCCCGGGGGGAUGCCGGGCAGCGGAGGGCCGGGCGGACCUGAGGAUAAUCGAGACGGGAGGCAGUUCAGGAACGACAGGCAGACGUUCACUCCCAACAGAGACCAGGAGAGGUUCGGAAGGAGAUCUUUUGGGAAUCGGGUAGAGAACGAUCGCGAGCGCUACGGCAACCGCAAUGAUGACAGAGAUCACGAGCGACUCGGUAAUCGGGAAAGGAGAGAGUGGGGAAGAAGAAGCCCCGAGCGCGACAGGCAUAGAGACUUGGAGGACAGAAAUAGGCGGUCCAGUGGACAUCGAGACAGAGAGAGAGAUUCUAGAGAUAGGGAGUCUCGUAGAGACAAGGAAGAGAACCGAGGCAAGGAGAAAGCCGAGAUGACAGACAGGGCAGAUGGCGACAAAAACCAUGAAUCUCAUGGUGGCAAAAUGGAGGACGCAGACAUUGUUUCAGAACUUCCUAAAGGAGAGUCUGAACCUUCAGGUGUAAAACCUGACGAAGCGUUAACAUCUGAGGCUACCUCAUCUGUGGAACAAGCUGAAAAGGAUAUGGGCUCAGUUGCCGAGGCUCCUCGUUAGAGACUGGAAUUUGUCAGUGACAUUUGUGGGAGUGUAGAGCUUUAGAGUUGUACAGUCUGCUGUAUUAUAUUUGCUUCUGCUUAUAUCACAGCCCCUCAGUAGUCGGUGGGGAAUUGUAAGCAAUUUGAUUGCUUCCCUUCUAUUUAAAAUAGCCACAACAUAACACAAAAAUACUGAAGAUAUGAUUAAAAUAUUACCCAUUUUUGCUGUAACUUUUUUAAAGUUUUGACUUUAAAAAGUUUACAAAUCAGAAGUAGAAGUGCUUUCUAUUUUUUUUUAAUUUAAGAAAAGGUAAUGGUGAAAGCUCCUCAAAACAAUAGGGAUGUGUUUUUAAUAAACUCUAUUUUCGUAACAAACUUUAACGUGUGCUAUUCUUCCUACACUGCACUGAAGUGGAAAAGGAUUGUUCAACAUCUUAAAGUUUGAACUGUUGAUGCUGUACUGGAGUCUAAAUUAGACUUUUGUUUAUAUUUGUUUAAAGAAAUACAUCUGUUUGUGUAGCUAUUCACAGAAGCAAUUUUUAAUUGUAAUAGUCAUCUUGAUUUUUAGAUUGCUACAUUUUAAUGCUCUACUUGACCAUACUAGGUGAAACUUAGUUUUAAAAUGUUAAUUGAAGAGGUAACUGUUUAGUGUUUGCAAUGCAAUCAUUUUUUUUAUUUUUUUUUAUUUUCCUUUUUCCCCCCCUUCAGCUGGUUUUAUGGUAAAUGUUGCCCUAAUUAGCCUUUUUUUAAAAAAAAGUGGACACCUUCAGACAUACUUAGUCUACUCUGCUUGUAAUGUUAUGAAAUUAUUGUGUGUGCUGGGCUAGGGAGCGCACCAGUUCAGCAUCUUUUGUACUGUUUAUUCAUUGAUGCUUUUUGGAAAGUGGGGUGAGAGAAAUCAAAGAAAGACACCAAAACACGAUAUGAAAUGCUAACCUAUUUUUUUUAAGCGGGGCUGGGAAAAGGUCGGGGAUUCGCUCAAGGAUUUUAAAAUGCUGCCUGUUCGUUCACACAACUCUGGGCUGCUACUGUUGUCUGUGUUAAUGAUGUCUACCUCCUGUAACCCUGCAAGAGGUAGGUUUAAAAUUUUUACUCACCUAGUGUUGUACCUAUUGGACUGAUGGAAAAAAAGAACGCUUAUUCUUGUGUUUGUGUAAGUUUUUACCAUCUUCUCGCCAUAUUACUUAAAUAAUUUUGUCAGAUUUUAAGAGGGCGAAUCCUAGUUCUUCGUGGUUGGCCCUUCAGGUGCAAACAGUUUUGAAAGACCGCUACAUUAUUCUGGGGAGAGCCAGAGCCCUGACAAGCCCACGCUGAAUCGCACUCUCCGAUCAGCCCCCGCACUGAACCGCGAGGCUCGCGUCGCACCAGGCGUUCAGCUGAAGCUUGUUACGCUCUAGAGGUGUAGUGGAAAAAAUUGUAUGAAUCCUGUGCAUAUUUAAUAUUUUUUUUUCUCCUUGAUAUAGGUGUGUUCUACUUUUAAAGUUGGGUUAUUUUUCCCUAAGUGAAGGGCAGCUGCUUUCUUACAUCAGUACUUUUUCAUAGCUGCUCUGCGGCAGAGGGAUUUUUGUUUUUUUUUUUUUCUGGGGGAGGGAGAGGGGAGGGAAAGCAAAUGUGGCGUUAUGGAUUGGGGAGAGGACAUAUAUUUUUAUGUUCUUGCAAUAGCAGAAUAAAGAGAGAAAAAAAAACUGUUUACAUACUUGUAGUGAACUCAACUUCCAUGUGUUGAAACUUGUGUCCUUAAUGUUUGUUUCAUGCUGGGCCAGUGGAACUUUUUUCAUACACAGCCAGACAUUUAUGUUUAAGACACUUAGUAAGAACUACCAUAAUUCUGUAAGGAGGUAGUUUUUUUAAAACAAAUACACUUUAUUAAAAGAUUUUAAGACAAGAAUGACAGAGAUGGAAGGCUUAUCUGUUACAAUUCACACAAAUGCCACCUCACAUUCUCUCCCUUUUUAGGAAGUUGAGAACAGCACCUAGGAUGAACCGUAAAUGUCCUUUGCAGAAUGAUUUAUUACUGCCUUCGGAAACAGCAGUUGUACAAUGAACCAGCUGGGAGGCAUCACCUGUAUAACUAUAUCCUACUCCUGUAUCAACUGCCCAAUUUCUGGCUUUUGGAUGAGUCAGCUCAGUGUAAGCAUCCUUUCCCAGUAAGAGCAUUAUGGUGUUAGCAUUAUAGUGUUAGCAGUUAAUACCUUGAUUACUGAGCCUAUGCCUGCCGGUUACAGGUGUGUUUGUGUUAACCACGUAUUGCACCUCCAUCCUUCAGUACAGCGCUGACUUCAGCCGUUUAAGCCCACCACGGCAGGCAGCUGAGCACGAAGCUCCCAAAGAAGGGCAGGGAGAGGAGGAGCCGUGGAGCUGCCACGGCUCUCGUUGCACUACAGCUCACCAGGUACCUGUGCUGGGCAGGCGACGUAGCCAUCCUCUGAGCUUCUCAAACACAAAGAGGUGCUGGUGGCAUUUGCGCACACUCAGAGCGUUCUGGACUCUCUGAUGCUUACGCAGCAAGCUGAAAGGUGCAUUUACCAGCUUCCUUCUGCUGCAGCUUAAGGGGAGUGCAGGCUAACCCCCGGGAAGAAGUGCAGGUGGGUAGGGGCUGCACUCACAGCCAUUUACCACCUGUAACCAAUGCAAGAUUGAAGUGUUUUUUUUACAGUAUUCUUGCUAUACGAAAAGCCAUUCCAAACCAUGCUAACACUGGAAUUCGGGCGUCUCUAGAAGCACAACCAACUACUUCCAUGAAUCUCACUUAUGUACAAGAUAAAGGAAUGUUGAUGCAAGUCUUCAUUAAAACUAAUAUUUUUCUAUUAAAAGACUUGUCAAUCUGUGUCUGAGAGGUGCAUACAAGGAAACCUAAAGCUGGCACUACUACACAGUGGUUACACCACUGUGUAGCUUCAGGAAUUUGAAUACAGAACUUCUGGCUAUUCAUACCAGAAAUACUUCUGGUAUUUCUUUUCAGUCAAGACCCAUUCCAUAUUAGAUGCUUCCAUGGAGGUUGGAGGAGAUGCCUUCACCAAUGCAGCCAGACUUUUUCCACUGAGGGGAAGCUCUGGCACCUGCCCACAACACUCCAACCCACACACCCUGAGGUCCACACAAUGACAUCUUUGUGUCAGACCAUUUGAUGCUUACAGCUCCCCCAGCACUUAAGAUAUUUGCACGAAGUUGGGUACAUAAUAUGCAAUAUGCUCUGGGUAUCAGGUUACUACUACAGGGUGUGGAGUACUUUUAAAAGAACACACAAGUUCUUUGCUACUCAUGUACCAGUUGAGCUGGUCAACAGUUCCAGGGUUGCUACC